AUGGCGGAUGUGACGAGUGCGGCAGCGAGUGACGUCGUGGCGGAUGUGCGACCAGCAAUGGAGCCGCCUAAAGUAACGCUGCAGUUUGUAGCAGUAGGCAAUGCGCCGCUCAUGAAGCGCACGAAGUUUACAGUGAACGGGCAGGACCCGUUGAGUGUGGUGUAUAAGUUUUUGAGGAAACAACUUCGACUGAAAGACACCGAGUCGCUGUUUGUCUAUUGCAACAGUUCGUUCGCUCCGUCUCCGGAUCAGAGACUCAGCGCAUUGUUUCAGUGUUUCCAAGUAGGCGAUGUGCUGGUGCUGAAUUACAGCUUGACACAGGCGUGGGGGUAG